AUGUCUAGAUCUCUGGUGAAACGCGUUGUUCCGUUUCUGUCUGCUCGUAUUAGAGAAAAUCAUCGGAUGCUUAAUUUUUCUUCCGCUUCUGCUCUCAAAGAAGCUUCAUCUUCUUCCUCCCAAUCUGAAUCUUCUUCCCUCGACGCUGUCCAUCUUAGCGAUAAUUGUAUCCGGAGAAUGAAAGAGUUACAAUCUAGCGAACCGGAGAAAAAACUGCUUCGGUUGGGUGUAGAAACUGGAGGGUGUUCUGGUUUCCAGUACGUGUUUGAGCUUGAUCAUAGAACCAAUCCUGAUGACAGGGUUUUCGAGAGGAACGGUGUGAAAUUGGUUGUAGAUAAUGUUUCGUAUGACUUUGUGAAAGGCGCUACGGUUGAUUACGUGGAGGAACUGAUCCGUUCUGCUUUCGUGGUAGCUGAGAACCCAGCCGCUGUGGGUGGAUGUAGUUGUAAAAGCUCCUUCAUGGUGAAACAGUGA